UAAUCAUGGACGGUCCUCGACCUUUGCACUAAGCUUCCCUAAACCCCCUCACCUUUCAAAAGCUUCACUAAACCCCCUGACCUUUAUGGCGGCGCCAUUCACGGCCCUUCUGAAAAAAAAAAAACACAAAAUCGCGGCGCCGCCAACGAUUUAAUCGUUUGCAUGCGUUUUCCUCGCCACCUGUCGACCCACGUGACCUGUCCUCUGUCAGUUGCAACAGUCCCUCUCUCUGACAUGCCGGUUGACUUUUCAAAUUUUAAAAUCAAAAAAAAAAUUAACCGCUCGGUAACUUUUAUCUCUCUUUCAUCUUCUUUCUGACAUACUCUUUCAUCCUUCUCUUCUCUUCCCUUUUUUCUUCUGAAACUCAUUCUCUUCCCUUUUUUCUUCUGAAACUCUCAUUUUCACACCGCCAUUGUCUCGUCGAUUGCCUGUUCAUCUUCCGUGCUUUCUGUGUUUUUGCAUUGUGAAGAAGAAAAAAUAACGAAGGAACAAAACAUAAAUUUAGAGUUUUUAUAGUGAAAGAAUUACAAAAAUGAGAAAGAAAGGAAAAGGAAAAUCAAAGGAAAGAGAACGAACGGGACCACCUGGAACUGCUGGAUGGGGUUUAAUGGAUGAGAGCGAUAGUGACGAAGUGGUGGAAGCCUUCCCAUAGAUCUCCACUCCCAAGACACAACGACAAUGGAAGGACAAGCUAAACAAGUUGUGUGCGACUGUGGAAUUCCAUGCCGUAUGCAGAUUUCCUCCACCGAACGAAAUCCAGGACGGAGAUUUUACGGCUGUUCGAAGAGAAAUAAUCAAUGCGAUUUUUUUGCGUGGGUGGAUAACGACAUGGCCUAUCAGAUGACGAUGGUCAGGAAUUUGAAAAGUGAGGUUAAUGGCAUGACUGAAGAACGCAACAAAGCUCUACUGGAACUAGUUCAUGCCCAUACUCAGGUGGCGGCUAAAACUGACGAACUGGAGCAACUUAAUGAGGCCUUCGAGGGAUUGAAGGAGUCCAUUGAGAUGUACCACGAAGAAAAUGUGCUUAUGAUCCAGGAUAGUGGUCUGCAACUUAUGGAGAUAAACACUCUGAAGAAACACGUCAAGCUGAUGGAAGUCAAGUGCUCAGACAUGGAGAGGAAAAACAAGAUCAUGAGGCUUGGUUUUUUUGUGGCAUUUACAAUUGCCGGUUGCAGUUUAUCCGUUGCUUGUUUGAAGAAAAAAUGAUGCAUUUUCUAUUAAGUGACAAUGGCUUGUGUUUGUGCAGUGUUGUUAGUAAACUGCGUUCCAAUAAUUUUUUGUAUUAUCUUAAACUCAUUUAAUUUGCUUGUUGGGAAAACUUUGUGUGAUUCAAAAAUUUAAAUUACAGUACUGUCGUUGAUUACAUAAUUUAAGUGCAGGUGCUGUCUUUCAUAAUUAAAUAUAAGUUCAGGUGCUGUCUUUCAUAAUUGGUCGAAAUGUCAAGGGCUAUAUUAGACUUCACAGAGAAAUAAACCGCCAAAAAAAUGAAAACUUAAUGGCAAAGAUUAGCAAUGGGUUUUCCAAGAAACCCUUUCAUUACACCCGUUCCAUCAGUUGUAUUGUUCCAAUGCAGCCUCUUCGUUAACCACAACCACUAACACAAAGGGCAUGUAAAGAAAUUGAAGAGUCAUGAUGGUAACUUAUUUAAAUAGGCAACCACAGCAACUGAUUCAACCAUUUCAGAUUACACAAAUUGUUCUUAUUCUCAGAAAAACCAGAAGAUGUCCGAUAAUAUUGUUGUGUCUUCACUUAAUAUGGAACUCAUGGAUUGCCCAAUAUGCUGUGAACCCUUAACAACUCCA